AUGAUAUCUGAUUUGGGUGCAGCAAAGAAAGAUGUCGCCAAACAACUUACGAAGGCCUACAUUCUCUGGGGGACAGCCGCAACGCUAGCAAUGGUUCUUGUCUUGCCGUCUGCCGUGGACUGGAUGCGACGCCGAUCAUACGAAGUAUUUCUCUUGAUCCACAUCCUUUUCUCCAUCAUAGCUGUCGUAGGCUGUUUCUAUCACACUGGUAUAUUCGAAGGCCAUGAAUACUGGGACUAUCUCUGGCCAGUUGUCUGGAUAUGGGUCUGCGAUCGAUUUCUACGCCUCGUGCGUUUGAUAUACUGCAAUAUGCACGUUCGCGUCGGCCGUGGGAAGAGCAUCCAAUGUACCCGGAGCACAGCAAUGUACGAUAAGGCAUCAGACGUAAUCCGUCUAGUGGUCAUCCCUGGGAAUUCUCUUCUCCAGCCGGCGCCUGGUCAGUACUAUUAUCUCUACCAGCCUUUCCGGUUCAGGGGAUGGGAGAGUCAUCCAUUCACCCUUGGGGCUUGGACACUUGAUGCAGAUCUGCGACCUCUAUCCACUCAGUCCCGUCAACCAGGAGAUGUAUCGCAGAUGCCUCUGCUCUCAGAGUCCUCGUAUGGCACUGAAUUCGCUUCUGUCCCCUUGAAGUACGAAUCAGAAACACCCAUCACUACAAGCGAACAGUCCCAGGAACUGAUAUUCUGGGUCCGGCCAUUUGACGGCUGGACCCGAUCCCUCCGGGACCAAUGCCUGCGGUCCGCAAAUAAAACCACUAAUACAACCAUCCUCCUGGAAGGGCCGUAUGGGGACCAGUUCCCGCUGUGGGACUACGAAUCGGUGCUUCUUAUCGCGGGCGGAACAGGUAUCGCCUCCGCAAUACCUUAUGUUCAAGAGCACCUUCUCCGGUCCAUGUCGUCCGGGAAGUCUUCCAGUCGCAUCCAGAACAUACAUCUAGUAUGGUCUUGUCGGCAGGUAGAAUUUAUCCGCGACAUCGCGACGAAUGAACUAAGGCAAGCGUUGGUUCGUGAGGAUUUCCGCACAUCCUUUUAUACAACUGCGAGAAAUUCAACUGCAGCUGAGAUCAUAGUCAAUCCUACAGAGGGUGACAGCCUCCAAUUGCAUGUUGAGCCCGGCCGACCAGAUCUCCGACUACUUAUCCUGAACCACGCGCAGAGUGCCGCGGCAGACGGCUGCACGACGGCCGUCUUGGUCUGUGGGCCGAUGGGGAUGGCAGACGAGGCUCGGGCGGCGGUGCAUUCGACGAUGAGGCAGGGAUACAUUGGGAUACGGUAUAUAGAGGAGUCAUUUAGUUGGUAG